AUGUUCUCAAGCCAUUGUCUUUCCACAGAUGUGGAAGCAGCUGCUGCACCUCUGGUCCAGUGUCCCUUUUCCUUCGAGGAGGUGGCCGUGCAUUUCACAGAGGCCGAGUGGACCCUGCUGGAUCAGGUCCAAAGAGCCCUCUACAGGGAGGUGAUGCUGGAGAACUAUUGGAGUGUGGCCUCUCUGGCAGGGGAUGAUCAGAGGAAUGAGGAGGUUGAGGAACUGCAUCAUCUAUCCCCAGAUGAAGUCAAGAAUGAAGACGGGAUAGGAAACUUAAGGGAUGAAGGCACACCUAAGGGGCAGAAAGGCAGCCACACGGUCAAGAAGAGAGAGAACCCCAUUCCUUGCCAAGGUGGGGAUGUUUGUGAAGUAACUCACAUGGUGGAAGAAACAUACAACUGCUUGGAGUGUGGAAUGAGCUUCUCAGAUAAAACCCAAUAUAAUAUCCAUCUGCAAAGGCACAGUGGAAUGGAGAGCCAUCAAUUUUUGGAGGAUAAAAAGAGCUUCCUUUGUAGGGCAGAGCUCCUUGUACAGCAAGAGACAGAUGCAGGAGAGAAACAUUACAGGUGCUCAGACCACGGUGAGAGUUUCUCACAGAAAUUAGACCUUAUUAAACCCCAAAAAAUGUGUUCAGGAGACAAGCCAUUUUUCUGUUCAGAGACUGGAAUGGCGUUCUCUGAUGGAAACAGGCGUAAUGUGCAUUUUCCAAAGCACAGUAUAAUGAAGACACGUAAAUGUUUUUACUGUGGAAAGUGCUUUAAAUACAGAUCAGAGCUUCUUGUGCACCAAAGAAUACACACAGGAGAGAAACCUUUUGAAUGCUCAGAGUGUGGAAAAAGAUUCAGGAGGAGCUGUUAUCUGCAACAACAUCUAAGAACCCACACAGGGGAGAAACCUUUCGAAUGUUCAGAUUGUGGGGUAAAAUUCAGGUGGAGCAGCAAUUUGCAGCGGCAUGUAACAACCCACAUGGGGGAAAAGCCUUUUGAAUGCUCAGAGUGUGGGAAGAGAUUCCUUCAAAACAGCGACCUUCAACGGCACCUAAGAACCCACACAAAGGAGAACCCUUUUGAAUGCUCGGUGUGUGGGAAGAAAUUCAGUCAGAGUUGCAACCUUCAAAAACAUCAAAGAAUCCACACAGGGGAGAAGCCUUUUGAAUGCUCAGAAUGUGGAAAGAGAUUCACUGAGAGUGGCAGUCUUCUAAAGCAUCAAAGAGCUCACAGUGGGGAGAAACCCUUCGAGUGUUCAGAGUGUGGAAAGAGGUUCGUUGAUAGAGGAGACGGCAGAAACAGCCUGGGAUUCCCCAGGAGUUACUCCAGAGCAAUCCCACCGAGCUGCAUCCUCUCUGGGGACAGUCUGGCUGAAGUCCAGUCCAGUUUGUCUGAAUCUGAGCACUGA